CAUCAGUCACAGCAUGGCCCCGCCCCCACCCUCCCAUUCAACCACUGGCUCUAAUGUAGCCCUGUGUUUACUACAGAAUUAGUGCAUAGCGGACGACAGUCUCCUGAACUGUGAACUACGAAUCACAAAAGAUAACCUGUUAGUUUUGCAUAAAAGAAGAAAAAUAUCCCAAACUCAACAUGCCCAAGAGAAAGGGAACUGAUGGAGAAGUCAAGGAGGAGCCUCAGAGAAGGUCUGCUAGAUUAUCGGCGAAACCAACACCUCCAAAACCUGAACCCAAACCGAAAAAAACUCCCAAGAAAGAGAAGGAAGUGAACGAUAAAAAGGAAGAGAAGAAAGCAAAAGCAAAGGCUGAGGAAUCCAAGGAGGAGAAUCAAUCAGAAAAUGGGGAGACUAAGACCAACGAGGUUGAGAAAACUCCAGAAGAGGAGGCAGAGCCCGAGAAGGAGGACCCGAAGACAGAGUAGCACCACGCCUGUCCAUCCGUCCGUCCAUCCGUCCAUUCUUUCCCUUUACCCCCUUUCCUUUCUUUUAUCUUCCUCUCUUUUCCCAGUUUUCUCUCUCCCUCUCCAGCUCUCUCAACAACCUCCUCUCUGCCCAUCACCACCAGAGGAAUAUUUUUAUCAGCGAAUUUGUAAAUACUGGUUCAGGUUUUUAGCACAAAAAACAAAGCUGACUAAACAAGUCUUGUGUUCGGCCGCAGCUGUAUCAGGUGUCUACAACACGAGAGGUGUGAAAAAAGGCGGCGUCUUUCUUUGGUUUUGUUGAUUUUUCUGAUUUUAAUUUUUCUUUUCUUUUUUUUUUUUUUUUUAAGCGGAUGGUCUGUAGCUUGGUUUUGGAGCGGGAGGUGGAAGGAGGCUCUCAGUCUGUAUGUCCGUUAGUGCUUGUGAUGUUUCUCUGGAGUCUGUGACAUUUCUGUAUGGGGUUUGUUUUAUUUUUCUUUUAAAUGUAAUGGAUUGUCUUUAAGAAAGAGGAACGAGUUCAACAAAUGUAGAAGAAAAGAGAGAAAACAACUAAAGACUGCUUACAUUCCAGGUUCAGCAUUAGAUGGUGACUCCUGGCUUUUUAAGAAUCAUACCACCUUUGCAAUUUGUUGAAACCGGUAACUGGGCUUUGUUAGGAGGCCAAAAAAACCCUUCUGUUGUUAUAGAGGACUUUUUUGAAAUUACGGGAUUCAAAGAAAAAAAAAUUCAAGUGUUUUUUGGAGUUUUUUUAACACUGAAAAGUCAUCUGUGAAAAAGUACUUAGUGUCCCCUAUAAUUCUCACUCAAUAAAAAUCCAUCAUUGGAGUUUUCCUCAAAA